AUUCAUUUCUUGUUUCGCAUGUCAGUUUAUUAUAGUAAUAUAGUAGUUGAAUCUAGACAUUUUAUAUUAAAAUUAAAGAUGUAUUUAUUUCAUAUUGUAGCCAUAUUCUUAUACUGUAGUGUCAUUCACGCACAGCCACAGUGGAAUACACGAGAUUUCAUGAAAAGGGAGCACUCUUUAAUUAAACCUUAUUAUGGUUCGGGAUUAGAUAUUCCUUUCUGGCACUUUAUUGGAAGUACAAUUGUUACACCAAACUAUAUACGUCUUGUUGAUGAUUCUCAAAGUAAAUGGGGUGCUAUAUGGAAUACUGUUCCGGUGACCAGCAGAAAUUGGGAUAUCCAAGUUCAUUUUAAAGUUCAUGGCAAAGGAAAGGAUCUAUUUGGUGAUGGAUUUGCCAUUUGGUAUGCCAAAGACAGAUUAACUACUGGGCCUGUGUAUGGUAGUAAAGAUUUGUUCCACGGGUUAGCAAUUAUUCUAGACACAUAUAGCAACCAUAAUGGUCCUCAUAAUCAUCAACAUCCAUAUAUUUCUGCCAUGAUUAACAAUGGUAGUUUAUCUUAUGAUCAUGACAGAGAUGGUACCCAUACACAAUUGGCUGGAUGUGAAGCCAAGUUCAGGAAUUUUGAUCAUGAUACUCACAUAUCAAUUAGAUAUGAAAAUGAUGUAUUGACAGUAUCUACUGAUUUAGAGAAUAAGGCUGCUUGGAAGGAAUGUUUUCAAGUGAAAGGUGUGAAGUUACCUACAGGAUAUUAUAUUGGAGCAUCAGCUACUACAGGGGACUUAUCAGAUAACCAUGAUAUUAUGUCUGUAAGGCUUUUUGAACUUGAUCUUGGAAUUGAAGAGGAUACUGGUGAAGACAGAUCAAAAAUCAUCCCAUCAGCUAGCUAUUUUGAAGCACCCAGAGAUCAUGUUGAUGAUCCCAAACCAUCCGGUAUGUCUGGUGUCAAAUUGUUCUUCUUAAUGCUCCUAGGUAGCAUAGCAAUAGUAACGUGUAUAGUCUUGGGAAUAAUGUUUUACCAGAAACAACAAGAGAAGAGUAGAAAAAGGUUUUAUUAAGAUAGUUUUUUUCUAAUAUUGGUGGUUGUUUAUGUCAUCCUGCCAUUCGAUUUUCAAGAGGCAGGCCAAAGAAAUAAUUCUAUUUGAAAAUGUUUUUAUAUGUUAAGUAUAAUAAUAUAAAUAUGUAAACAUAAUGCGUAUGUCACAUAUACAUUGGCAAUGUCUAUUUUUCUUGUAACACUAAAUGUCUCACUUAUCAUUAGUUUGCUUUCAAACAAAUCAAUGCAUCACAAUAUUUAAAAUAAUAAAUAAUUAAAUUAUCGUUAAUAGCAACCAAACAUCAUUAAGUUCUCUACAUCAAAUCGUAUAAUUGGUUCUAAAUCUUCAAACUUCGCAUCUCUUCAAAAUUAGUUUGAAAGAAUCUACUCUUAGACAGAUCUACUAAAUAUUUCUUUUGUAUAAUCUGUUGAACCCAGUGUUAUUUAGUAACAUAUUUACGCUCCUUGGUAAUGUCUUCUCUUUAUUUUUCGAACAUAUUAGCUUAUUUCAUAAGUUAGAGUAUAUAGUCGAUAUUUCUCAUGUUUCAUAUAGAGAGAAUGCAUGUUCCCAGAUUUAUCUAAAUGUACAAGUAAAAUACCGAUAUCUAUUCCAAAAAAUAUGUCAAUGAAAUAAAAAUCAGAAAGACAAAAAAUUGUUUCAAAUAAUUGGGCAUAAAUUUGUUUAGCCAUUUAUUUUCUGUAAAUAUAUUAUUUUGCAGCUAAAAUUAAUUAAUGCAAUGUUAUGUAUAUAUUGUUAACCAUUUUAAAGAAACUGUUAAUAUCGAAAGGACCAAACUUUGUUUAGCAAACAGUGCUUUCUCACUUUUGUGAAAAAGGUUCACGGUGUUGGUUCUUCUUAGCUGCUGAUUAUUAUAUAUAUUACAUAUAUAGUUUAUGCGGUGUUUGUUUUUUCUAUUUUGGUUUUUUCCUAUUUGACGAUUAACAACACCAACACCGCGAAUUUUGAGUAUUUUCGAAUGUUGCCGAGAAGCUGUUGAUAAAUGAUAUUUCUGUAUCGUGUACUGAUCGGGUUGAAGCGAUGCGAUAAUGAGGAUCUGCGCUGGUUUAUCGUAGUUGGUGAGUAAUAUACUCAUUGUUUUUUUUUUAAUCUGAAAAAUACAAAAUUGUGAUAUAAAAUGUAUUGAUUUAUCUUAACUUAAUGUUAAUUAUUUUGUUACUACAUUUAUUAAGCUUUGAAGUCGGCUUAAUGUUUUUUUACCCUUAAAACAUUUUCAAAUAGUGUUAUGAAAAGUGUUACAUGGGGAUAAGUUAGUAAGUUAUUUGUUUGUUUUUAGUUAACUGUUGUACCUGCUUAUCAUUUAAGACCAAAUAAAUUUUGCAUAUUUUGAUUU